GGAAGGCCCCUGAGCAGCGGUUGCGGCCCCGGCUGGGAGCGGGAGAGGCGGCUCGGAGGCAGCGCCGGGAGCGUCCCAGCCCCUGGGUGGCGGCUCCCUGCGUGCCCGGCCUGGCGGCACCAUGUCGGUCAGUGAGAUGUUCAUCACCCUGCAGGGGGUCCUCACCGCCGACCAGGACAUCCGAGAGGAGAUCAGGAAAGUGGUUCAGACCCUGGAACAGACGGCUCGGGAGAUCCUAACGCUGCUGCAGGGGGUUCACCAGGGAGCUGGAUUUCAGGACAUACCAAAGAAGUGUCAGAAGGCCCGAGAACACUUUGGUACAGUCAGAACACAGCUAGCAUCUCUGAAGACCAAGUUUCCAGCUGAUCAGUACUACAGAUUUCACGAACACUGGAGGUUUGUGCUACAGCGCUUGGUGUUUCUGGCAGCAUUUGUUGUCUACUUGGAGACAGAAACAUUAGUGACACGAGAAGUAGUUACAGAAAUACUUGGAAGUAUGAUAUUGAUUCACAUUGCAACUCUGGUUUUCACCUUAGUUGAGGCUGAUCGUGAGAGAGGUUUUCACCUGGACAUUGAAGACUACCUCUCUGGGAUUCUGACUCUUGCCAGUGAGUUAUCUAGGCUGGCAGUGAACAGUGUCACCGCAGGUGACUACUCUCGUCCUCUUCGCAUCUCCACCUUCAUUAAUGAGCUGGAUUCUGGCUUCCGUCUCCUCAAUCUGAAAAAUGACUCCUUGAGGAAGCGCUAUGACGGCUUGAAGUACGACGUCAAGAAAAUUGAGGAAGUGGUUUAUGACUUGUCAAUCCGAGGACUCAAUAAGGAAGCAGCGAGUGAUGCUGGGGGAGAGAAAUAGAAGCUGCUGUUCUAGCAGCAUCAUGGAUUACCUCAGAUGGUUGCCAGUGAGGGAGGUGUUAGCAAAGCCCUCCUGCCGUAGUUUAGAAGAACCACAAGCGGAAAAGUGCUCUCUAUUUUCUUACCAAAUGUGUAGUACGGGUGUUAGAACACACAAUGUUUUGUAAAAUCGUGUCUAGAGAAGGGCAGCAGGCUUUCUGUUUCCAGUGAAGUUACUCUGUCAAACACACACCGCUGUUCCGUGUACCAUAGCAGUAGCUGUCAAGAACUUCCUGCUGCUGAAAUUCCCGCUUAGUUCUGUGGAGUCACUCCAGCUCCACCGCUGUAUUGUUCUGCCAGUGAUGUGCUUCAGUUUUCUGUGCCUACACACCCUCAAAGGGGUGUGAAUGGGAUGCAGCUUAAUGCAGAUAUGAUGUGGCAUUUUGAGAGACAGUGUUCAAUUCCUUUUUAAAAAAAAAAAUGAUCUUCAAUGACAAUUUUUUUUUUUUUUUUGUAAUUUGCACCCACUUUAGUAACUUGAGCAGCAGAGACUUGUAUAGCAGUUUAUUGCCCUGAUCUUAUUUACUGGUUACAGGAUAUCAAAAACACUAAACUGCAAAAUUAGGCUAAGCAGCUCUUGUAGACAUAUCACUGGGAAUCAGUCUUUUCCAUAUAACUUUGGCAUAUCGUAUCCAGGCAUCUCAGUGUCCAGGCAUCUCAGUAUUAUUUUUUAAACGACAAGCUUUUUGUUACCAGAAAGACAGCCGGUUGUUUCUCAGAAAUGUCUGCUUUUGCUUGUUGGCAUUGUUCACUACUGUGGGUAAACAAUGUUGAAUUUUAAAGUGAAUCAUUUUAUUCUGUGUACUCUACGUAAUUACCUUUCUGACUAUCCAGACCUUCUAGCACAUACUUGCUAAGGAACACCUGAUAAAGUGCAGGCAUCUUGUGGGUUCUGAGUACUUUGUUUCUGAAUAGGCCAGAAGUUCUGUUGGGUUUUUGUUUGUUGUUUGUUUUUUGUUUUUAAAGAUCCCAGGUAGUUAGUUCGUGUAAUAAAAUGUUUGUAUCUUAAGAAAAGGGAAAAAUUAACUUCUAGUCUAGUUUGCAUAUGAGAUUUUUAUACCCAAACAACCUGUUUUUUCCAUUAUGUCAACAUGCAAAUUCACACAUCACACAGGGUGUUUAUACCUCUUUCCUAAAGGAAUUCAUUUGAAUUUUACGUAACUUUUUUACCAUUUUGUGUAAUGCCCUAGUUUUUCUUCUUUAAAUAUAAUUUGUCUGGGAUAAGGACUGUUUCCAAAGGAUACCAAUACCACUUGUCGAAUGUAAACAAGCAAAGUUACAAGCAGUUGUUGAAAUUCCAGUGAAUCUCUUAGUUUGUAAAAGUUUUGCAGUUAGCUGUUAAAGCUUGUUUUAAAAAAAUCAUUGGGAGAAACAAGUUUCUUUGUUAUCUUGACCAAUAAAAACUGUUCUUUCA